UCUCCUUUCUGUUUUUCUCAGUCGCUGAGCAUCUCACCGUGUUCUGCCAUGGCGAGGGUUUCCCUUCGAUCCAUGCUCUUCUUCUUCAUCUUCUGGUUCUCUCUCUCGGCGUCGAUCUCUCUCGCAUAUAGGCCGGGAGAUGUUGUUCCGAUGAGCAAAGCCGGACAGUAUCAUGGGUCAAGGACUGUUUGGCAUGAUGUAAUCGGUCGGCACUGCCCAAUGUUCGGUGUUAAUCGUGAGGUUUUGAUCCCGAUUGAGAAGCCGGUUGGUUAUACUGGAGCUGAUCCUUAUAAGAUAUCAUUCCAAGUUGGUCAUGAAAAAUUUCUUAUCCCAUGGCUUCUUGUUAUAAACCGCAAAAGCCCUGAAGUUCCAAUGAUUGAUGUACAUUUGAGGUACACUGGAGGUGAUCUACAUGGCGUCAUUGCAAAAGUCAUAGAUAUGCCUCAUCAUUAUAUUGAGGUUCAUGAGGAUAUUCACAAACACUUUUGGGAUCCACAGAACUGGCCUAAGCAUGUUCUUGUCCGAUAUACGUGGGAGGAACAUUCAGAAAUUGAUGUUGCAGGAGGGUUCUAUGUGUUAUUUGGAUCAGGUAUUGUCCUAUCCUUCAUUCUUGCAAUUUUUGUGUUGCAAUCAUCCCAAGAUAAGCUCGCUAGGUUUGUGAGGGAGACUGUUGCGGAGAGUAGUAUGCCUGGGGGAGGAGGAAUUGCGAAGGUCGAGUGAUGAAUGAUCUCCUUCUUAUAUUCCGGCAAGACAUAUGAUUGGCCGGCCUUGAAUAAUGUCCAGUGAGGAAUGAGUCAAAGACAGAAGGGCCUCUUUCGAAGAGAACAUUGAUUGCUUAUUUUGAGAUCAUGUCUAUUAAAGAAUACGAGUUGGAUAUCCGAAUGUAAAAUGGAAACUAGAGAUCAACUGUUGCUAGUUUUUUUUUUCUUUUUUUUUUUUUAGUUGGAAAGCCAAAUUUCUGACCUGUCAAGACUAGUCUCAGUAGUAGCUAAAAGAAAAGUGAAUACAUUGUUGAAACUCUAUUGAAAAGAUGUAGUUAGGGUUUUCUGUUUCA